AUGACAGAUGAACUCGCUGAUCUGCUUGAUGAACGCUACCGUGAUGCAAAAACCGCCUGGCCUGGAAACACCUCCGAGUUGUCUUAUGCUGCUUAUACUGCUAAGUAUGGCGAUCCUGAGCUUGGGGCUGGCUGGGCUGCAGGAUGGCCCAUCGAGGACAUGGUCCCAAUGCAAGGACUCAUUGAUUCUGGCUACUAUGAUGUAGUACCAAGCGAGCCCAGGAACUCCUCGGAAUGGAUGGGUGCUCAUGAAAUUGCCGAUAUUGAAAGCGGGGCGUAUGAUCAUCCUGGAGAGUGGCCCCCUUUUCCGUACGAAGAUGACGGCCUUGAUGAUUAUUACGCGGGCUACGAAUGGGAGUACAUGUUUUCGAAACAAGAAGACACUGAAGAGUCCGAUGCAGAUGCAAAUCCCUCCGAAUCUGAGUAUCAUGAUGACUCUGACGAUGAACCGUUUUCGCCCUGUGCUCGCAAGCGUGGUGAGGCCUCUUGGUACCCGCGGCAAAUUGCUUCCGGUCCAAGCGAUGAUAUCCGGCGUAUUGAUCAAAUGCCAGUACCACAGGAAACCGCUGGACUGGAGACGACUGAAGACUCAUCUUGGUAG